AUGGAGUCUGCUGGGGAGAUUUUUAAUUCUGUAAACUUCUUCUUAUUUCCCAUGUCUUUCAUAUUGUCAUGUCUCUGUCCAAUCUUGUAUCCUGAAAGCACAGAUUCGAUUGCUCACAUCCACCAGGCCUUGACUACCUUCCUGUACUGGAAGAUACGAUCUGAUGAAGUGGGUCUCCAGGAGGUGGAUGAGCUGAUAAGGACCUACCAUCACUCCUGUGCCUGGUUCCUCGGCCCCUUUUAUAACCUUGUGCGCUUUUUUCAUCCUGACUUUGUCAAACCUUUGCUUCUUGCCUCUGCUUCCAUCACAUUUAAAGAUGAACUGUUCUAUGGGUUUAUGAGACCUUGGCUUGGACAGGGGCUUCUACUGAGUAACGGAAAACAGUGGGCUCGUCAGCGUCGUCUUCUCACUCCGGCCUUCCACUUUGACAUCCUGAAAAACUACAUUCAUAUCUUCAACAGCUCCACCAACAUCAUGCAUAGGAAACCACCAAGAGAAAUGGUGUCUGGGUACUGGUUAUUGUGUAAGGAUUACUAUCUGGCGUCACCUGAGAAGUGGCGCCGCCUGCUGGCAGAAGGAAAAAAUGACUUGGACAUGAUUGAACAAGUGAGCUUAAUGACUCUGGACAGCCUCCUGAAAUGCACUUUCAGCUAUGACAGCCACUGCCAAGAAAAGUCCAGUGAAUACAUCUCAGCCAUUUAUGAGCUGAGUGUUUUGGUGGUAAAGAGGCAGCGUUACCUCCCUCAUCACUGGGAGUGGCUGUAUAAACGCACUGCAGAUGGACAGCGUUUCCAUCGGGCCUGCGAAAUUGUCCAUAACUUCACUGCCAGCAUCGUAGAAGAACGCCGUUCCCAAUUCAUCCAUCAUAGACGGACAGAAAGCUCCACACAAACAAGCACGACAGGCAACAAGAGGAGAGCAGUUGACUUUAUAGAGGUGCUGCUUCUGUCAAAGGAUGAGAACGGAGAAGGCCUGUCAAAUGAGGAGAUUAAAGCACAAGCAGACACGUUCAUGUUUGCAGGUCAUGACACAACGGCGAGUGCGAUCUCUUGGGUUCUGUAUAAUCUGGCUAUGCACCAGGAGUACCAAGACCGCUGUCGUUCUGAGAUCAAUGCUCUUCUUGACGGCAGAGACACCGAGGAGCUCAUGUGGUUCGCAGGAGCUAUCUGUCUGAUCAGUGUUUAUGGCACCCAUCAUAAUCCAGAUGUGUGGCCUAAUCCAGAGACACGCAUAGAAGCCACACCUGCUUUACUGAAACUGACUGACACAGAUGCCACGCCUCCUUCACUCACACUGACAGGCAUAAAAGCCACGCAUCUUUCAUUGAUACUAACAGGAAGAGAGGUGAUGUCUCUUACCUCAGGACUGACAGGCACAGAGGCCACACCUCCCUCAAUGGAACUAGCAUUCAAAGAGGCCAUGUCUCCUUUACUGGGUCUGGCCUCCUUUACCGGGUCUGUUUCAGUUAAAGGGCAUAAACGUUGUCUCUUGCAGGUGUAUGACCCCAUGCGAUUUGACCUAGACAACCAGAAACAACGCUCCCCAUAUGCUUUUGUUCCAUUUUCUGCUGGACCAAGGAAUUGUAUCGGUCAGAACUUUGCCAUGGCGGAGAUCCGUGUGGUUCUGGCACUUACUCUCAGAAGAUUCAGGGUUCUUCCAGGGUAUACCGAACAGAAGCAUAUGAGUGGAGCUAGAGAUGCAGGUUAUUCAUUGGUCAACAUCCCUGCACAAAAGUCAUCCUCGAAAACUGUCAGAAAUUGUCAGUAA